AUGGAUAAAAGCUGUCAUUCAUCUGGGGAAGAAUCUUCUGCUACAAACCCUAAUCUUGAAUCCAGUAAAGAUCAGUACUUGAAGCAAAUUCACAGAUUAUCUCACAAGAUUUCAAAACCCCCAAUUAGAAAACAACAACCCCCCUUUGAAUUCGAUCAUCAUCACCUCCAUCAACAAAUCCAUCAUCCGCCGUUGAUCUCCGAUGAAUCUCAACCGUCCAAUCUCCACCACAACCAACAACAACACCAGCCGCCGGUCUACAACGUCAGCAAAAGCGACUUCCGUGACGUCGUACAAAAACUCACCGGCUCACCGGCACACGAAAGACUCAUCAACCCAAUACCGCCGGUAAAACCCCAAAGCUCCCGGUUACAAAAGAUCCGUCCGCCGCCGUUACAAAACCUCGUUAACCGCCCACCUCCGGCUGCCGGAGCGCCGCCGGCAAACCCUAACUUCCGGCCAGGUGCCGGAACCGGAACGGGAACGGGAAACGGAAACUUCUUUGCCAACCGGAACCCACUAUCGCCGCUGCCGCCGUUGCCGUCGGUGCACGCGGCGGCGGAGUCGCCGAUCUCCGCCUACAUGCGGUGUUUUCAGACAAACGUCACCGGAUUCGGACACCCUUUACCGCCGCAAGGCCAACCGUCAACUUCUCUUCCGCAGCCGGAGUUUCCUCCGCCGUCUUCGCCGCUGCCGUUUGGGUGUCUGCCGCCGUCGUUAUCUCCGAGGUUUCCGUUUUCUCCGACGAAUCAAUUUGGGUUUCAACAGUUGACACCACUGUCUCCUACUCCUCCGGCACCAAGCCCAAGAUGGAAGUCUGUUUGA